AACUCAGGAAAUUUUUAUGUGAUCCCAGGUAUAUAUUUAUAUAAAAUAGGUAUACAAAUCAUACUUUUACUGAUAAUAAAUUAUAAUUUUGUGACCCCCGACAUUCAAUUACACGACGCCCAUAUGGAAAAAUAACCCACAGUUUAAGAAGCUGGGGUCUAAAGUAUACUGGCUGGAGAUAGAACACUUUGCAUUUAGGAAUUAUGUAAGAGGAUAUGUAAUAAUUCAUAUUUAUGUAGCUUUACAAUUUACAAAACCCUUUAAUAUAUUUUCUCAUUUGCCACCUCCCCUCCCCCCAAACAAGGAGAUAAUGCAUCUUCUCCAUUCUACAGAUUCGGGAAACUGAGACUAAGUUAAGUGACUAGUGAUCCCCACAGCCAGAAAGUGACAUUUAAAACCAGGUCUUUUUAUUUACUCCAAAUCCAGUGAUCUUUCCACUACACCGUUGCUGCCUAUAUUGCUUGAAAGAGUAAAAAUGUAGUGUUUCAGAAUACCAAAGAAAAGCUGUUCUCCCCCAUACGAGGACUCCCUCCCCCAACUUCAAAUGUGUACAAAACAGCUUCCCACUGAUUUUAAAUAAAUAUCUAUAAUUGAAGCGUCGCUGCCUCUCAGAUGGCGAUUAACAUGGUUCAUCGCAAAUCCCUCCAUUUAAACAAGACAGACUUGGCGGGAGCCAAAUAAAUGCACACGGGGUGACUCUUCCAUGGGAGCACUAGCCGGCGGUUGCCCCUGUUGCUCCAAGCGCAGGAAUUUGGUGUAGGGCUGGUAAGAGAGGAGGGGGGGAGGAAAUCCAGUCCGGGUUUUGAUUGCACAGGGACUAUUGGGCUGCGAGGAAUGGCUAGUGAGGAGGGGAGAGGGGGCGGUGGUGAAAAACACACAACACAAACAGCUCGAGCGCCGCCGGAGAGCGGGGAACGAUAGGCCCGGGAGCCGGCGGCUGGGGCAGGGCCCGGGCGAGGCGCAGCGGCCGGCUCGGGCCGCUUGCAUGGAGCCCUCGGAGGCGGACUGCACAGGCUGUGGCUCCCCGCGGGCAGCGCCGGAGGCGGCCCACCGCUCGCACACACCCACCGUCGCCGCCCGCAGCCGCGGCUCUGCCCGGCACUAGGAGAAGCCGGCAGCCCGCCUCCUGCCCGGGCUGGUCCGUGGGGCUCGGGCGGAGGAGAGGAGCAGCCGCCGCCGCCGCCGCUGCGACUCAGCGCCUUAGCACGGGCACUUGCAUGCCUUGGGAGGUGGCCCCAGCGGCCCCUUGUAGCCCCGACCCCCGGCGGGUUGCGCCUCGAGCGACAGCCCGACCCCGAGGAGGAGGAGGAGGAGGAGGGCGAGGAAGAGGAGGACGAGGAGGAGGAGGAGGUGGUGACAAACUCUCCCGCUUUGCACUGCGGCCGGGAGCCCCUGCGCCAGGCAUGCAGGCUCGGCGUUUAGCCAAGCGCUCCAGCCUGGGGAGCCGCCGGGGGGGCGCAGCGCUGCAGCCGCCGCCGGGCCCGGCAUUGGCGAAGGAGGGAGCCCUCCCCGGGCUGCCGCCCCUGGCCCCGGCCCGGGAGAGCUGGAGGCCGCCUCCCCCGCCUCGCCGAGCUGGAGCCGGGUCCGGGGCCGCCCCCCCUUCCGCCGCCGCCGCCGCUGCCGCCGCCGGCGCAGCCACGGUCCCCGCCCCGGUGCUGCUGCUGUUGGAGGAGGAGGAGGACGGCGAAGAGGAAGGGGGGAGACGGCGGAGGGGGCGCGGGAGGUUGGAGGGAAAGCCCCGGGGGGGGACGGAGGAGGAGGAAGACGACGAAGAGGACGACGAGGACGAGGAGGUGGUCGUCGAGGUGGUGGAGGAAGACGAGGAGGAGGACAUCGAGGAGCGCUUCGUGCCCCCGGCGGCCCCAAAGGGCCAGCCCCGGGGCUCGAUGAAGGCUGGGAGCAUUAAGCGUGAAAUGGCCUUCACCUUUCAACAGGAGGACUUAAAACGUGACUUUAGUAAAAAAAUAUCCUAUCAACAAUUGUUCCCUUUGGCCAUGGCAGAAGAUGUGAGAACAGCUGACACCAAAAAAGCCCACAGAGUCCCUGAACAUGAAAAAGAGAACACUCGAUCCAUCUGUCUCCUGGAACAAAAACGCAAAGUUGUUUCGUCAAAUAUUGAUGUUCCUCCAGCAAGGAAAUCUUCAGAAGAGCUGGAUAUGGAUAAAGUAACAGCAGCAAUGGUACUAACCAGUUUGUCCACCAGCCCUUUGGUUCGAAGCCCUCCUGUGAGGCCAAAUGAGGGCCUCAGCGGAUCUUGGAAAGAAGGGGGAUUUGUGCCUUCAAGUACAAGCAGUAGUGGGUACUGGAGCUGGAGUGCCCCCAGCGAUCAAUCCAACCCGUCCACCCCAUCUCCACCUCUGUCAGCCGAUAGCUUCAAGCCUUUCCGAACACCCACUCAGCCAGAUGAUGGCAUUGAUGAAACAGAAGCAAGCAACCUUCUCUUUGAUGAACCUAUUCCCAGGAAAAGAAAGAACUCCAUGAAGGUAAUGUUCAAAUGCCUUUGGAAAAACUGUGGGAAAGUAUUGAGCACAGCUGCUGGAAUCCAGAAACACAUCAGAACCAUUCAUCUUGGACGCAUAGGUGAUUCAGAUUAUAGUGAUGGAGAAGAAGAUUUUUACUAUACAGAGAUCAAACUCAAUACAGACUCAGUAGCCGAUGGGCUCAGCAACCUCUCCCCAGUUUCUCCCUCUCAGUCCUUGGUAUCUCCUCCAACAUUCCCUGCCUUGGAUUCCAGCCGUACUGAAACUCCAUGUGCCAAAACGGAGCCAAAACUGAUGACGCCUCUGAGCCAAUCAGCUCCUACCACCCUCUACCUCGUACAUACUGACCAUGCUUACCAGGCUACUCCCCCGGUGAACAUUCCAGGAUCCACAAAGUUCUCUCCGAAUGGCAGCAGCUUUAGCAUUUCUUGGCAGUCUCCACCAGUUACCUUCACAGGCAUUCCAGUUUCCCCAACACACAAUCGUCCUGUGGGCAUAGGAGAGCAGAGACAACAACAGACUCAUUCAGUCCUGUCUUCACCUCCCAGAGGAUCAGUCAGCUUAAGAAAGCCACGGGGGGAGGGCAAGAAAUGCCGGAAGGUUUACGGCAUGGAGAAUCGAGAUAUGUGGUGCACUGCCUGCCGUUGGAAGAAGGCCUGCCAAAGGUUCAUUGACUGAAGAGCAGAAGCCUCAAAGGUGCGGGGUGUGGAUGCCCAAGAGCCUACCUACAGCUGCCCUUGACACUCUUCCUGCCCUCUCUUUCCACUCCUGGUUUUGAAAAGAGCUUUUUUGCAUUAACCACAAAAAUGCAUUCGUAGCCAAGGUGAAGCCCUCAAGAAACCUGUGUGUGGAAGAACAGCAAAAAAAUUUUAAAAUAACUAGCAUCACCAACCAGUAUCCAACCUGGAGCAGCUAUAACUUUUUUUUUAAUUUAAAAAAAAAGUUAAUCUUUUGCUCUGUGACUUCCUUACCAUCCUGGCCCCAGUAGAUCUUGUAACUGUACUGUGAACUUCUGUAGCAGUUAAAACAACCAACCCUUCUUGCCCUAGAAUGGAGGUAUCUUUUGCUAUGUUUUCUGACUAACAUACCUUCCAAGAUUUUUUUCUGACACUUUAAAAAAAAAAAAAACAA